UCUGCAGCAGCAAGUGUCCGACAUGGCUGCUGUUAGAAGAGCUCGUAAUUUUGCACGGUGUGUCGUUUGUUUUUCUGACCGUGAACUGAACUAAACAGAGUUGUUUGCAGCUGGAAGAAGAGUAAGGCAUACUGAAAAGACAAAAUGGCAGAAUGUAAUUUUAACACUGCAGAUAUUUCGGAAGAGGAAGAGGAAGAUAGCAAAAUGUCCGAUGAUUCUGACCUAAAGGUGGAGCUCAGCGUCUUCCGGGCUCAAUGGAUGUCUGAACUGACGCCUUCCACAGGCAACAAACAAGGUUUGCCUUCAAGAUCUGCAGAUCUCAAAAGAAAGCAGGAGUUGGUCCGGGAGGAAAAGGCCAGCAAACUGUUCCUAAAGGCAGUGGAGCAGGAACAGAAUGGAGCGGUUUAUGAAGCCAUCAAGUACUAUCGGAGAGCCAUGCAGCUUGUACCUGAUAUUGAAUUUAAAAUUAACUACACACGAUCCCCAGAUUCUGAUGGAGUUGACAUGAACUAUUUGGAAGAAACAGACACUGAUAAUGAGAUAGAUGAUCUGCUGUCCUAUUUUCAGCAGCAGCUUACUUUGCAGGAAGCAUGCCUGAAAACUUGCCAGCCAGAUAUUGAAAUGACACAAACUCACAUUUCAGCCCUGCCAAUGGAGGUGCUGAUGUACAUUUUCCGCUGGGUUGUCUCCAGUGAUCUGGACUUGAGGGCUCUUGAACAGUUGUCUUUGGUCUGCCGGGGGUUUUACAUUUGUGCCAGGGAUCCAGAAAUAUGGCGUUUAGCCUGUUUAAGGGUGUGGGGUAGGAGUUGCACCAAAAUGGUUCCUUUUAACUCCUGGAGAGAGAUGUUUUUGGAACGGCCACGUGUCCGGUUUGAUGGUGUAUAUAUCAGCAAAACCAAUUACAUUCGCCAAGGAGAACAAUCCCUGGAUGGAUUCUACAGGGCCUGGCACCAGGUGGAGUAUUACAGGUACUUUAGAUUCUUCCCAGAUGGGCAAGUAAUGAUGCUUACCACCCCUGAAGAUCCUGUCAUCACAGUAACUCGUUUGCGUAACAGGAAUGCCAGAAUGGAAUCUCUUCUGUUCGGUCAUUAUCGUCUAUCCCAGGACACAGACAAUCAAACCAAAGUGUUUGCUGUUGUUUCCAAGAAAAAAGAGGAGAAGACCCCAGAGUAUCAUAAGAACAGAUACUAUAAUCGCUGUAGCCCAGUCCAGGAAGCGGAGCACAGUUUUCACAUGGGCCUGCAGCUCAGUUCUGGAGGGAGUCAACAAUUCAAUAAACUCAACUGGAUCCAUCAUUCUUGCCAGAUAACAUACAGGUCAACUGAUGAAACUGUAGUUACUGCAUUUGAUAUCGACAAGACAUACACACCUUUGUUCUUUGCGCGAGUGAAAAGCUACACUGCAUUAUCAGAAAAGCCUCUCUAAACAGAAAAGUGGGAUCAUAAGUUUACUGAAGAUUCACUCAGCCAAAAAAAAGUAGUAACAGCACUAUAAUUUUACUGUCAAUUGUUUUAUGCGGGAUUAGAAUUAAGAAUGUAGUAUGUUAAUUUUACAUGUUUCUACUUGAUUUUAAACUUUUGGGUAGAUGUAAGGAUACGCUCAGCGAUUUACGGGUGCAAAACCUCCAUAAUGCAUUGUAUGUAAAGAAUUGUGUUCAUCUGGCAUUCUGGCCACUAUCAAAUUUACACUUUUAAUCUGCAAUUAUUUGCACUGCGCCUAUACUUGCAUCUACCCCUUUAUGUUUUAAAAAAAAAUAUUAUUUUUGAAUUUCAGUAGCAUGCAGAUAUAUGGUGAAUUGGUAUACUUAAGGCAGGACAUUAGGAUUUUUGUGGUUACAUUGUUUAGCAUUUGCAGUAUCUGCUGAAUGCAAAAGGGGGAAAAACAUUCAGAGCAACUUAACAUGCCUAGAGAAAUUGCUAUUAUUGGCACCUUUUUACAUUAUAAAUUAUUGAUGUACAACAUAAGUACAAGCUCUUUAUGCUCUGCUAAAUAUGAAAUAAACAAAUAAUUUAAAAUGUAUUUUGUAUAUUAUUGAGUAAAAUUCCCAGAAAUAACUGGUGUUAUAUACAAUAGCCAGUUGGUUUUAUUUGCAGAAUAGUGACUGCCAAAACUAAUAUGGUACCACUGUCGGCAGUCACAAUUGCAGAGGGUUUGGUGAGUAGUCACUUAUCCUGACCUAAAGCAUGUUGAAACAGGCAAAUUGUCUUUGUUUCCUGCCCAUACCACAAGAUGGCAUCAUAGACCAGCUUUUUUUAAAAACAUUUUUUGUUUUCCAAAAUUGUUUAAUUAGUUCUUGUUUAAAUUAAUUUUACAUCUUUUAGUAUCCAGAAUUAAUAUUUGAUUUGAAGUGUUUACAAGCUAUUAGAAUUAUGACUAUAAGAGAGCGAUCAAUUUAUAUGCAUUGUUGUGGAUACAUGUUUGAGUACUUGCCCCUCUUUCAUAAUCAAAUGUAUUAAUAAAAUAAUAAUUUUA